CCAUUCCAGUCCGUAUGACUCUCUGUGCGUGUAAGCAGUGAUCUGCUGUCAUUCAUGGGGAUCAUGUAUGGAGAUGGAGACCGACUCGGACCCCCCCGAAGGGAUUGCAUUUGUUACCUGGGACCACCGACCACCUUGAUGCCCAUCGGGAUGCGCAGAUCCCCCGAGGUGAGUCCCAGAAGGCUGUCCGACAUCAGCCCGCAACUCCGCCAGCUCAAGUACCUAGUGGUGGAUGAAUCGAUUAAAGAGGACCUGAAAUCGUCUCGAUCUGUGGAGGAUAUCAACAGCGCGUCCAUCGAAGAGAGAAUCUUGAGAAUCACAGGCUAUUAUGGUUACCAGCCGUGGAAUGCCGUUUAUAAGAGGGAAGACCGGCCAAAGGAGAACGUUGUGGUUACUGCCGAUGGACAGGCGACGGUGGGUGGUGUAGGGGCGGAGUCAGGAACUGGGAGGCAGAGAUUACACUGCUGUGUGCAAGUGACCGCCGUCCAGGCAAGAAAGGCAAUAUGGGGUGUAGCCAUGGUGAUGUGCGUGUGCACGUCUUGGGCAGGCUCCACCCAGCUGGCCAAACUCACCUUCAAGCAGUAUGAUGCACCAUUCACUCUCACGUGGUUCGCCACCACGUGGAACUGCCUCUUCUUCCCUCUGUAUUACAUCGGCCACCUGUGCAAGAAUCCAGAGAAACAGACGCCAAAACAGAGGUUCAGAGAGUGUUGUCGGUUCUUUGGGGACGAUGGUCUGACAGCAAAGGUGUUCUUCACUAAAGUGGCUCCAUUCGGGCUGCUGUGGAUCCUGACAAACUACCUGUACCUGCAGGCACUGAGGAAGAUCAACACAACCGAUGUAUCUGCCCUCUUCUGCUGCAAUAAAGCCUUUGUUUUUCUCCUCUCCUGGAUUGUGCUGCGGGAUCGCUUCAUGGGCGUCAGGAUUGUUGCAGCAAUUCUGGCCAUAGCUGGAAUAGUGAUGCUGACCUACGCUGAUGGGUUUCACAGUCAUUCGGUUAUUGGCAUCACAUUUGUAGUGGCAUCUGCGUCCGCCUCGGCGCUGUACAAGGUGAUCUUCAAGCUUGUGUUGGGCAGUGCCAAGUUUGGAGAGGCCGCUCUGUUUCUGACAAUUGUCGGAGGUGCAAACUUUGUCUUAUUGAGCUUUGUACCAGUUAUACUGUACUUCACACAUGUUGAAUACUUCACAUCUAUAGAGGAUCUGCCUUGGGCCUACAUUUGUGGAGUGGCUGGACUUUUACUAGCAUUUAAUAUUCUGGUGAACUUUGGAAUUGCCAUUACAUACCCAACACUGAUUUCACUUGGCAUUGUGCUGAGUGUCCCUGUCAAUGCAAUGGUAGACCUGUAUACUUGUGAUAUCCACUUCAACACAGUGCGACUCAUAGCUGUGUUCAUCAUCUGUCUGGGAUUCCUGAUGCUGCUGUUACCAGAGGACUGGGAUCAGUGUUUGAUCAAGCUCGGCACCAAACUCAGAAAGCGUGAACAGCCUGUGGAGCCAACUGAAAAUGGAACCAGCUCAGGACUGAACUGGACCCGACGGACGAGGACCUCCAUGUCCACGUUUUCACACUGACACACUCUCUCAUUCUCCCAUUCAAGUAAUUGGAGGAAGUUUGAAAUAUGUCAGGAAUAGAAUUUGUUCCAUGAUGUUCUUCAGUCAACAAGACUCUGUGGCCAUACACAUUAUAAGAGCAGAUUCCCAAAAGCAAAAGCAAGCCGUUUUUGGCGGAUUCUACCUACUGUUAGUGGAUGUGAACAACGACUUUGUUCCGUUAUGUGAAACUCAAGCUGAUUGAUUGAUUUAUUGACUAAUAUUACAGAAAACAUUACAGAUUCCUUGCAGAUCUGGAGAUGGUUUCACUUUCCUCAGAGAACAUGUUUGUUACUUUACUGCUCUUAAAGAGAUAGUUCGCCCAAAAAUGUAUAUUCUGUAAUUAUUUACUCGCACUCAUGUUGUUCCAAAUCUGUAUGAUUUUAUUACUUCUUUAGAACAUCAAAGGAGAAGUUCAGCAGAAUGUCUGAGCUGCUAACUUUCACACAAUCAAAAUGGAUGAGGACCAGUGACUGCAAAACUUCAAAAUGGACAAAAAAGCACAAUGAAAGUUGUCCAUUUGACUUGUGGGCUGUAUUCCAAGUCUUCUAAAGUCAUACGAUAUCUUUGUGUGAGAAUCAGAACAAAGUAAUUAUUUACUGAUAAUAUUCCCCUACUGUGGGAUUUUAACUGCUGCGACAGGCUCAUUGAAUCAGUAAGUUGAACUCCAGACUUAAAUGUUAUCAUAUGGCUUCAAAAGACUUUAAAUAUAACAUAAGAGUCAUUUGGACCACUUUUAUAACACUUUUAUGGUCAUUUUGCAGUUUGGCAGCUUACACGGAAAAGAGUGAUCAGGAUAUUCUUCAAAAAUGUUUAAUUUUGUUUUCAAUGGAAGUUGUCACACAGGUUUGGAUUUGACAUGAGGGUGAGUAAAAUUAUUACUCUCACUGACACGAUUCACAACUGUGGUCUCCUACAGGGGGCGACAGGAAUUCAAGACUGUCUGUCCAUUAAAUUUUUUUUGUGAAUCACAUACUAACCACUGUGAGGACACUUCAGGGUCAAAUCGAAAAGACGUUUUCAGCAAGCUGUGUUACUGUCGAGGGGGAUAUGAGCAUCCUGUGAAUGUAUGACCAUUUCUGAAAAGUGCACCUACGCUCAAAGGAUUUGGCUUGAACAUUUGGGGGUUGUAGCAUGAAGCAUUUCUAUUUUUCCAUUGAUCAUGGUAUAAGUGUUGGGGGGUUACCUCCACCCCCAUCCCCCUAAAACAUACGCCCCGGGCUACACUAUAUACUUUGCAAAGGUGGUGACUGGAACUGCAGUACUACCUGUACGAACACAAAACACUCAUUCUGCACUUUUCUCAAACACAAGCUGUCAGAAUUAAUUUUUAAUCUUAUGAACUAUUCCAUUUGAAAUGGAAUUAGAUCUACAGCAUGCAGAAAAUGACAAUAAAUGCUCACUGACGGCGUCACCGCCUUAGCAUUGAUUUGAAAUAGGAUCUCAUCAGCACUGUCUCCCAUUGUCAUUGCUAUGAUGACAAUAAAUAUAAUAUUGUAUUCCUCUGGAAUUAUCGCUAGACAUUAUUGUAAACCUUUGUAAGGAAUUAUUUUUACACUAAAAUGCAUUAUGAUCACAUUUGAGGAAAAUGACGUCAAAACAA